AUGGCAGUAGCAUCAGCAGCAGAAGCAUCGGCAGCAGGAAAAGCCAUUCUUCCAGCGGCACUAGCAGCGGAAGCAACAAUAUGCGAUGGCAAGCCAACUCCUGCAUGCUCUGGAGGCGAGAAAACUGCAGCAGCAGUAGCUGCAGAGGCUUCGCGUGCUGCAUUUCUGCGAGAAGAGCUGCUCAACCUUGCUGAGAGUCGGUACACUGCCGUCUUUGUUCCUGUUGACCAACAUUUAUUGGAGCAGAUGAAUGAUGAAUUCAUUAGAUCCGAUAUCAGUCGGUAUCCUGUCAAGAACACACCCUCUGGCAUUGUAUUUUACUCUCCGCGAUACUCUGACGACCGCUUUAUUUACCGUCACGUCCUCCUUUCAGCGGGUGUUAAAAGAGCAGCAGAAGAGAUUGCGAAUGCAACAAAGAGUGCGUUUCUAACGGAGGGCCAAUUCAUCUAUCAGCUUGGCAUACAUUUAUCACCGGGAUGGGAACACUUUAUGAUUUUCAAAGGAGAGAUGCGAGAGUUGAUAUUGAGGAGACCGCAACAGCAGCAGGAUUCUCCACACAGUCAAAACCAUGCACAUAUUGACGAGAUAUCAGAUGAGAGCGAUGAUUCUGAAGCAGAAGAAUCAGCAACGCCGGCGACUGCUACAGAGUCACGAUCACCACCCCCAAGACAUCAAGACUUAGGGAGCCUGCUGCACGAGAUCGCUGACACUGCAGCCAUUCAUCAAAUUAGGCAGCAGAACUUAGUGCAGCAGAGGAUGGCAAUUGCCAAGGCUGUUGAGAAAGCAAAUCGGCUGCUGCUUUUGAUAGUGCAGCUGCAGCGGCCUCCUCAGCAUGUCCCACCGAAAGUGUUUGAUAGAAUGAGGUGUCUUCUGGCUAGCUAUUUUUUCAGUUCCCUGUCUCAUUUUUGUUCUGGAGAGGAGCAGCAGCAGCGAUCAACUGGUAGGAAAUUUUUCCUCCAAAACGGCAGUAUCGGAAAGCAGGGUCAGUUGCUUCUCCUGCUACUGCAGUCUGUCGCUGCCGCGAGGCAGCACUACCCAGCAUCGGACGCAAUGGAGUUGUUGUUCCUCCAACACAAAUUAUUGCUGCAGCACCAAGGUUUGAUGCAACAGAAAGUAUCCCGGAUAUCUUUGCGUAGAAUGGACAAGCGCCAGCAAAUCUGCGCAGCGUCAUGUGCUAUAGAAGCACCUCAGGAGCUGCACGAGAAGCGUUUGGAGCAACGGGAAGACAAACAACAAAACCGACAGUGUCAGGAAACAUCGCCUCUUCCCGUGGCCACCCCACAUAUGGACAGCUCGCCAAUGCAGCAGCAUGGAAAACGGCAGCCUGCUUGCUGCAAUGCAACUGCUGUUGCUGACGAUAGCGCCGGUUGUCCUGAUGAUGCUUCUGCUGCCCUUGAGAGUGCUGUUCCACCAAGAAGAAUGGCAGCCAAAGAACGAGCUACCAGCCUGCCAGCUGUUGCAGCGGGAGGUAUUGGCAGCCCCACCUCACAAGGGAAAGAGAAAAGGAGACGAUGCCCUUUGAAGCAGGAGAAGCUCUGCCGGUAA